UUGGUGGUUUGUGGUUUGUGGUCGAGUGUUGGUGGAUUGACGCAUCAAUCGAUAAUUGCUAUCGCUCGUGGAUUGAAGUGCUGUCCGGAUAGUUUGAUUUGGUUGCUCCAGGUUAGUUUAUUUCUCAUGCUCAUUUCAAAAUUGUUGACUUUAGACCUGUUUUUUUCAAUUUUUUUUUUUGAAACGGGAAAUUCAUUUUUUUUCAAUGCUUUGAGGUCUCUUUUUUGGAGAAAAAGCGUAUUUUGAGAAGAUAAAAAAUUCUAGAUUGAUUUUUGAAAAUUCAGAAAAACUACAUGACUGGGCUAUUUUAGUUAGUAAAAGUUAGUUUAAGAUUUCAUUUAAGGCUCAAAAAUAAAAAGCUUUGCUACAAAUUCUAGGUUAGAAAUAUGUGGCCGAAUUAUUGAGAUGACCGAGAAUUGUCGGGAGUUCGGCCAACAACAUGUAACAUUUGAUGCUUGGCCGAACUUCCGACAUUUCUCGGCCAUUUCAAUCAUUCGGCCACGCUUUUUUAAACUUCAACAAUCACCAGUGAAACAUUUGAGAAGGAGUUUUUCAAAACAAUAUGUGCAAUUUAUUUUGAAAGUAAUUCGAAUUUUUUUUCAGAGCUUCUACCAUUUGGGUCUUCUCGAUUCUCGGUGUCCUCUAUUCAUCCACAUCGUCACACUUCUUGAUCUUUCCGUCACACUUCUUGAUCUUCUAUCAUCAUCCACAUCGUCACAGUUUCUUGAUCAAACCGAAUUCAUCUGGUAG